AUGGCAUCGGGCGCACACCAGUUGAAAGAUGCUUCGCUAUUGAAGACAUCAUGCUACGUGAACGGGCAAUGGGUUGGCGCAGCGUCUGGCAAAGUCUUCUCCGUUGAAAACCCCUCUACUCUUGCCGAGGUUGGCAAAUGCCCCGAGUUCGACGAGAAGGACACCGAGGCCUCCAUCCUCGCCGCCCACGAUGCCUUCAAAUCCUACCGCAGGACGCCUGCACGGACUAGGGCCCGGCUAUUGAGGAAGUGGUACGACCUCAUGACGGAGCACGCCGAGGACUUGGCCACAAUCAUCGCUCUCGAAAACGGCAAGCCCAUGUCCGACGCAAGGACAGAAGUUGCCUACGCCGCGUCCUUUUAUGAGUGGUUCUCGGAGGAAGCUCCCAGAAUCUACGGCGACACCAUCCAGGCGAGCAACCCCAGUUGUCGUCUGGUGACCCUCAAGGAGCCCAUCGGUGUCUGCGGCCUCAUCGCACCUUGGAACUUCCCCGCUGCCAUGAUUACACGCAAGGUCGGUCCGGCACUGGCUGCGGGCUGCACUGUGGUUGUGAAAGCACCCGCCGAAGCUCCCCUGACGGCACUGGCUCUGGCGGAGCUUGCGCACAGAGCAGGAAUCCCCGCUGGUGUGGUGAACGUCAUCACGGCCUUGGACAACACGGUGUCCGUGGGGAAGGUUUUGACCACGCACCCGAUUAUCAAGAAAGUGUCGUUUACGGGGUCGACCGGCGUCGGAAAGCUCUUGAUGAACCAGUGCUCCACGACGUUGAAGAAGCUUUCGUUCGAACUCGGCGGAAACGCCCCCUUCAUCAUUUUCGAGGACGCGGAUCUCGACGCAGCUCUCAAGGGCCUGAUUGCGUCAAAGUUCAGGCUCUCGGGCCAGACGUGCGUGUGUGCUAACCGCAUCCUGGUUCACAGCAAGGUCUACGAGAAGUUCUCGCAGAUGCUGGUAGAUGCCGUCAAGAGCUUUGUCGUUGGCGAUGGAUUCGGCGAGAAGACGACACACGGGCCGUUGAUCCACGGUCGCGCAGUUUCAAAGGUGGACGAACACGUAAAGGAUGCGGUGUCCAAGGGAGCUCGCGUGCUCCUGGGCGGCAAGCCCCGGACCGAUCUGGGCCCCAACUUUUUCGACCUCACUGUCUUGGCCGAUAUGAAGCCCGGCAUGAAGGUCUGUUCGGAAGAGACGUUUGGUCCCUUGGCGGCUCUGUUCGCCUUCGAAACGGAAGAGGAGGCCAUUGCACUCGCGAACGACGCCGACGUCGGUCUUGCGGGGUACUUCUUCAGCAAGGAUGUCUCCCGAUGCUGGCGCGUGGCUGAGGCUCUGGAGGUUGGCAUGGUUGGUGUCAAUAUCGGAGCCAUCAGCGACCCAGCCGCGCCUUUUGGUGGCGUGAAGCAGAGUGGAUUUGGAAGAGAGGGCAGCAAGUAUGGUAUUGACGAGUUUCUGGUGACCAAGAUGGUCAUGACCGGCAUUGAAUGA